UGAGCUACCAUCGUUGUUUGUUGUUCACUUAUCAGUUACCUAUUAUACUUAGUACUUCAGUGUUCAUUGGCAGGCGGCAGUUCCUAUAUGAUACAUUUUUGGUUUUUGAAUUUGGAUUGGAAAUAAUAUGAGUUAAUUAAACUAACGUGACUAAAUUUAAUAAAUAUUAAUAUUUAGCUAAUACCUAGCCGUGUAGAACUACGACUAUGUCGCGGCAAAAUACGUCUCAACAAGUUAGUGGCCGUAAAAAAAGGAAACUACUCAUUGACGGUUCAGAUGAAAUAUCAUUGGACCGUAAUGUAGAUUUGUGUGAAGAUUUUGAUAUCAACGUGACUAAAGAUUCUCAAACAUCGUUGGAAGGUUACAGAGACCUGUUUGGUGAACUUAUACCGCCUGAUGAGUGCGUCAGUAAUGAAGAGGUUAAAAACAAAUUGAUUAAGAAGACACCAGCAUCAAAAAAAAAAAAACAACCUUAUGAAGAAAUAUUAUUUAAUACACCAACAAGACCUAAAAGACUGUUUAUUCCUACUCCAAAGAUCAUGGAAUUAAUGCACGAGGCAUCGAAAGAAUUGUACUCUUUAAUGGGUGCCCGUUUGAGUUCAAGUAAUGUUUCAAUUGUAUCAACCGACAACCUUAAUGUAAGCGGAAUUCAACACUUACAAGACAGUCCUAGAACAAGUAUAAAAAAUGAGUCCAAAAUAAAUAUUGAGGAAGAUGAUAAUGAUCAAAAAUCUCAAAAAGUUCUUGAAGGAGUUGUUGCAUUUAUUGAUUAUAAAGUCGACAAUAAUCGCAGUAAUACUAGCAUUAAUCAGCGCCUUAUUGAUUUGGGUGCUAAAGUCGAAAAAACAUUCAAUCGAAAAGUUACGCAUGUAAUGUUCUGUGAUGGCUAUCGUAGUACAUAUAAAAAAGCAGUUGAACGUAACAUUCCACUGGUAUCAGCAAGAUGGAUGGAGUACAGCAAAUUAGCUAAUAAGAUUCAAGAUCCAGCUGACUAUCCUCCUGUAGGUAUGGAUAAAUACACUACAAUGCCAUCAAGGAACAUUAUUAUUCCAAAAAUCAGCACGUCAUAUAAAAAGUUUUUAGAUCCAAGUAAUAUGGAACGUGACCGUCUAAUUAAAACAAAUUGUGAUAACCUUAUGAAACAGUUUAAUCUCAGUAGGAACCAUAAUGUUGAAAAUGGAGAAAGAUGUCCUAUUAUUGAGACUCCUGAAAAAACUACUGUGAACAAACAGGAUGAUGUUGAGAAUAUAUUAUCAGAUCAGCUAUGCAAAGAAUUAAAAAAAAUUGUUGUACUAGAUGAACAAAUCGAUAAAUUGAAUGUACCAACAUCAAUUAAAACAUUAAGAAACUAUCUCACGCCUGAUGUAAAAGAGAAAACAAUUUCAAAAGAUAUUUAUGGUCAAAUAGCUAAAAUUGAAGAUCAACUAAAUUUAAAUUUUCAAGCCAAGAAAAGAUUUCGUAUGCUAUUAUUUCCUUCUGAUAAGGAUUUAAAUAACAUUGAUGAAGUCAGUGAUUUGUCAACUCAAACCAAAGACAAUGAUUCUGGAACAAUGUUCAUCAAUUCAAUGACUAUUCGGACACCAGAAGUAUUUUUAAACGACGAUGUAAGGGUACAGUCAAUUGCCUGUACAGGGAUAAUAAAAAGUGAAGUGAAAAUUUUAAAGUCAUUCAUUGAAAACUUGGGAAAAUUUAUUUUUCACACCGAAGUGAAACCUACUACUACUUAUUUAAUUACCAAAUCAAUAUCUAGUCAAUCAUUAGAUAUUGUAUUUGCAAUGGCUAAUGGCUGUUACAUUGUUUCUGAAGAUUGGGUACUCCAAUCAUACUCAAUUGGAAGAUGGCUAUCUCAUCAAAAAUACUUGAUUCCAGAAUUGUCUGAACCUGUCAAAGAUUUUCAAAUACGACGCCAUACAGUAUUUGGUUCUGAUUUGAAAUUUAAUAUAUUUAAUAAUGCUGGUAAGAUAUACGUAUCUAAUAGCUGUGAAUCACCAGCCAAACUCUUAAGACGGUUGGUGCAUGCUUGUGGUGGCCAUUGCACAAGUAAGGAAUCUAAAGCAGAUAUAGUGAUUGGCGCUAAUACAUUACAAUCCAGACAUAAUAUUCAUGAAAAAUGGAUUUUUGACUGUAUAACCCAAGGGGUAUUGCUAAAUAAAUAUCAGUAUAACUAUGUUCAUUCUAGUGAAUAAUGAUUUUGUGACCUAAAUUAAUUUUCACAUAAAUCUGUGUGUAUUAACUUUUAUACUUAACAUUUUAAUUUCCUUUAACUAAUAUUUAU